AUAUAUAUAUAUAUAUUCCCCACUCGCACUCUCUCACUUGCCGUUUGCUGAAAGAUUAAUCAUCAUCACCAUCAACAACUGAAGAAAGCAUCAUUAUACACAAAAGGGUUCCAUUUAUUUCAAGUUGAAUGCAAUGAAAAUCCUCCUCCACCUUUUCGCGGUCUUGUGCAUUUUCUUAAGGCUCGAAGAGGUGAAAUCGCACGGGGUUCAACCUCUUUCGGCAAUUGCUAUCGAAAAGGCUGUUUUUGCUUUAGACAGUACGGCUUACAUUAAAGCUUCUCCAUCGGUUCUUGGAGUCGAUGAGAAAAACAAAGAAUGGGUUACUGUAGAAUAUAGCAGCUCAAAACCAUCGAUCGAUGACUGGAUCGGCGUAUUUUCUCCUGCCAAUUUCAGCUCAUCCACCUGCCUCCCGGAAAAUCCGAGAGUUGGCCCACCGUAUUUAUGUACAGCUCCGAUAAAGUAUCAGUUUGCGAAUUUCAGCAACUCUAAGUAUAAAGACUCGGGCAAAGGAUCUUUGAAGCUUCAGUUGAUUAACCAGCGAUCGGACUUCUCGUUUGUUUUAUUUUCCGGCGGUGUGUCGAAUCCAAAAGUGGUUGCAGUUUCAAAUACAGUCGCCUUUGCUAAUCCAAACGCGCCUCUAUACCCACGUCUAGCUCAAGGAAAGACAUGGAAUGAAAUGACUGUAACCUGGACUAGUGGAUACGGUAUCGAUUUAGCCGAGCCUCUCAUCGAAUGGGGUCCGAAAGGAGGGCAACAGAUACGAUCUUUAGCGGUUACUCUGACUUUCGACCGCAAUAGCAUGUGUGGUGCCCCUGCAAGAACCGUUGGAUGGCGUGAUCCUGGAUUUAUUCACACUAGUUUCUUGAAAGAGUUAUGGCCCAACUCACCUUACACGUAUAAAUUGGGGCAUAAAUUGCUCAACGGUACGUAUAUCUGGAGCGGUAAUUACCAGUUCAAAGCAUCUCCGUAUCCCGGUCAGAACUCUGUGCAACGAGUUAUCAUUUUCGGUGACAUGGGAAAGGAUGAAGCCGAUGGUUCGAACGAGUAUAAUAAUUUCCAACGAGGCUCCCUCAACACUACAAAACAGCUCAUCGAAGAUUUGAAGAAUUACGAUAUUGUAUUUCAUAUCGGAGAUAUAUGUUAUGCUAAUGGAUAUCUUUCGCAGUGGGAUCAGUUCACUUCUCAAGUCGAGCCAAUCGCUUCGAGAGUACCGUACAUGAUUGCCAGUGGCAACCACGAGCGCGACUGGCCUGGAACGGGUUCGUUUUAUGGGAACAUGGAUUCGGGUGGAGAAUGUGGUGUCUUGGCUGAAACUAUGUUUUUCGUUCCUGCUGAAAAUCGAGCUAAAUUCUGGUACUCGACCGACUAUGGAAUGUUCCGUUUCUGUAUAGCAGACACAGAACAUGAUUGGAGAGAAGGAACUGAACAAUACAAAUUUAUCGAGCACUGUUUGGCAUCGGUGGAUAGACAAAAACAACCAUGGCUAAUAUUCAUUGCGCAUCGUGUGCUCGGUUAUUCUUCAACUGAUUUUUACGCAAACGAGGGCUCCUUUGCUGAACCAAUGGGAAGAGACGACCUUCAAAAACUAUGGCAGAAGUAUAAAGUUGACAUUGCUUUUUACGGGCACGCUCACAGUUACGAACGGACUUGUCCUAUUUACCAGAAUAUAUGUACGAGCAACGAGAAGCAUUAUUACAAGGGUAGCUUAAACGGAACCAUACACGUGGUGGCUGGAGGAGGGGGUGCCAGCCUGUCGGAUUUCUCGACUUUCACACCAAGGUGGAGUCUUUUCCGAGAUUCCGAUUACGGAUUUGUGAAGUUGACUGCGUUUGACCACUCGAAUCUGUUGCUCGAGUACAAAAAGAGCAGCAAUGGAGAGGUUUACGACUCGUUGAGAAUAUCGCGGGAUUAUAGAGAUAUAUUGGCUUGUGCUGUAGAUAGCUGCCCCAGUGUGACCCUUGCUUCUUGAUUGUCAUCUCACUUUUUUACAGUCUUCUCAGUUCAAUGCAAUACAAGUUUUUUUUUACCUAUUU